AUGUCCCUUCAUGAUGAGUUGAAGGAAAUUGGGUACAUGGGUCAUCCAGUCGUCAUUGAAUUUUUGCUACUCCCAAUAUCAAGGCUGGGGACCAACGAUUGGUCUCCCAGUAGCAAGCAGAUUCCGGCUUACUUAAUGGAGCGAUGGAUAAUUCAGUUUCUCCCGAAAAGGCUUGUGACGGACACCCUGUCAGAUUUGUCAAAACUCUUCGAGGACAUCAACUCUUUCUGUAAGUCAUCAGCGGUAAACAAAGUACUAUUUGGAGAUGGACCCUACUGUGGUGUUCCUGAACUAAGUGAACUAUGCUGCAUAUGCAGUCGAGUCCUUGCUGGUAGCAGAGAGGUCCUCGAUACAAUCGUAACAUCUGUGUUAGAGCUCCCACGAGUGCCACUGAAUGACAUUAUUUUUGACUCCCUGCAAUGUCUGCAUAGUGGUACAAUGAGUCUGCCCACAAAGCGAUGGAACGAGGUGCCAUUGUAUGCUGGUUGCCCCAAUGCUUUAUCCGACGAUACUUCAAAAUGCAAGGUGCCGAAGAGCCCGGUUGUGAUAAUGUCAAAAUGGACCAAACCUACGUCUUUCCUUGAAUCCCCACCCUGUAAAUUGAAGCGUAUGCAGCAAGACAGUAGGCCCCGAGUGGACGAGUGCAUUAGCCAGUUUACCUCUCUGAGUGUGCAACAACAAAAACAGGCGCAGACGAAUAAGUCAUCGAAGGCCGAAGUGUGCGUGCCAAUCGCGGACUCUGUGGAGCGUCACUUCUCGAGCAAAAGUUUUACAGAGUCUUCUUUUCAUUCUCUGUCUUUCAACCCACAAACUGGUUUGCCCUUGCAGUCUUCACCUAUGCCAAUCAAACAAAAGAGCGCUAAUAAUUUCGACUUCGACAAUUCCACCUUCCAUUCGCCUUCUGCAAAAGCACAUAGCAACGGUGCAAAUAGCGAUGCCGAUUCAUCAAAAACUGCACGGCCGACAACCCUGGUGCUGAAGCGUCGAUCUUCACGACGUGGUCGAACAGUCAGCGCCCCCACCACCACAUCGCCAUUUGGCGGAGUACUCUGGGGUGGCGGUGGAGUCUUAAUGCCUGUAACUCCCCUCCCACCACAUUCUUCACAUCGGCUACUAAUCAACUUUGAAGAGAGCAUGUUAAACGGACGCAUUCCACCCAAGGGAAUGGUUGAGGGUUUUUCAUUGGGGAUUGGUGCCAGCGGCUCCUUCUUUCCCGUCCAUGUGAAGCUGCCUAUUGUAGCGUACUUCUUUCAACUCUCGGACGAUGGCAACACACCCUCGCCUUAUCUCGGUCAUGUAGACCUCACUGGUCUUUCCAACAAACGUGGCUACCACGUGCCUCAUAAGGGGUUGAUACAGUUGACUCUCUUUAACCCAUCCCACUCUGUGAUGAAGAUGUUUGUAAUCGAGUAUAACCUAGAGGACAUGCCUGCAAAUAGUCAGACGUUUUUGCGACAGCGGACGGUCUACAUGCCCACUUCUGGAGACGAUGAAGCUGAUCCUAUGUCCAACGUGUCCUCCGACUUGGUGUCGUGCGUGUUGAAGGGCAAGGUGGAGAGUCUGGAACAGCGCCAACUUUCCCCUCUCAGCUCCACCCCAGGCCCAUUACCCAUCUUUCUUCGCUACUUAGUUCAUCUACGAUUUCAUACAACAAAGUCGAAUAACCUUUAUCUGCACACGGAUAUUCGCCUCAUUUUUGCGCGCGACACCUUCGAAUUUGAUCCACGCGUGACUACUUACCGAAUGCACUCCUUCAUUGACGGCCCCAAAAAUCCGCGCUUUUCACCGAAAACCUGCUAA